AUGAGUGUCGUCGGUGUAGACUUCGGAACGGUUAAUACUGUCAUUGCCGUCGCUCGGAAUCGCGGAGUGGACGUCAUCACAAAUGAAGUUUCCAAUCGAGCCACACCGUCCCUGGUUGGUUUUGGUCCUAAAUCUAGAUAUCUCGGCGAGCCUGCAAAGACACAGGAAAUCUCCAACCUCAAGAACACCGUUGGCUCCCUCAAGCGAUUAGCAGGCCGGUCAUUCAGCGAUCCAGAUGUUUUAAUCGAGCAAGAUUUUGUCUCUGCCCCUCUCGUCGACAUCAGUGGCCAAGUUGGCGCGGAGGUUACAUAUUUGGGAAAGAAGGAGAAGUUCACCGCUACGCAGCUGAUAUCUAUGUUCCUUAGCAAGGUCAAGCAAACCGCCUCUGCAGAGUUGAAGCUCCCAGUCUCCGACCUGGUUAUGAGUGUUCCAGCCUGGUUCACCGAUGCCCAAAGAAGAGCUCUAAUGGAUGCUGCUGAGAUCUCUGGCCUCAAGCUUCUUCGCCUCAUGAACGAUACCACUGCGGCCGCUCUUGGUUACGGAAUCACAAAAACCGACCUCCCUACUGGUGACGAGAAGUCCAGACGCGUGGCAUUCGUCGAUAUCGGUCACAGCAAUUACACAGUCUCUAUCGUUGAGUUCAGAAAGGGCGAGUUGACCGUGAAGUCUACUGCCUAUGAUCGCCAUUUUGGUGGACGGGAUUUUGAUAAGGCUAUCGUGGAUCACCUUGCCGCAGAAUUCAAGGAGAAAUAUAAGAUCGAUAUUAAGAGUCACCCCAAGGCCCUGGUUCGUGUUCAUGCUGCGGCUGAGAAGAUGAAGAAGAUCUUGUCUGCCAAUCAACAAGCCCCGGUCAACAUCGAAUCUCUCAUGAAUGAUGUCGAUGUUUCAACCAUGAUGACCCGGGAAGAGCUUGAGAAUCUUGUUGAGCCCCUCCUCAAGCGUGUUCAAAUCCCUUUGGAGCAGGCUUUGGCUGAGGCUAAGUUGAAGGUUGAGGAUAUUGAUAUCAUUGAGUUAGUUGGUGGAUGCACCCGCGUUCCUGCUCUCAAAGAGCGAAUUCAGAAGUUCUUCGGUAAAACGCUCUCCUUCACCCUCAACCAAGACGAGGCUAUUGCGCGAGGUUGUGCUUUCAGCUGCGCCAUUCUGUCACCCGUCUUCCGUGUCCGUGAUUUCGCCAUCCAUGACAUUGUCAACUACCCAAUCGAGUUCACUUGGGAGAAAUCGCCGGACAUUCCAGAUGAGGAUACCAGUUUGACCGUCUUCAAUAAGGGCAAUGUUAUGCCAUCCACCAAGAUUCUCACCUUCUACCGGAAGGAGACUUUCAACUUGGAGGCCAGAUAUGCGAAGCCCGACCUCCUCCCUGGAAAAGUCAAUCCCUGGAUUGGUCGAUUUACCGUCAAGGGGGUCAAGGCCGACUCAAAGGAUGACUUCAUGAUCUGCAAACUGAAGGCACGUCUGAAUUUGCAUGGUAUCUUAAACGUGGAGCAGGGUUACUACGUGGAAGACGUUGAAGUAGAGGAGCCUAUUCCUGAGGAUAAAGACACAGAGAAGAAAGACCCGGAUGCGAUGGAUACUGAGGAAAAGCCAAAGACGCGAAAGGUCAAGAAGCAGGUCCGAAAGGGCGAUCUUCCUAUUGUUUCCGGCACAUCAUCCCUCGAUGAAACGAUCAAGGUAGCGGCGGCUGAGCAGGAAUCCAGCAUGAUCAUGGAGGACAAACUUGUCGCUGAUACUGAGGACAAGAAGAACGAGCUUGAGACCUACAUUUACGAUAUGAGAAACAAGAUCGAUGACGCCUACGCCGGCUUCGCUAGCGACGAUGAGAAGAACAAGUUGAAGGCAAAGCUUGAGUCCAGUGAGGACUGGCUCUACGAUGAGGGUGAUGAUGCUACCAAGGCCGUCUACCAAGCCAAGUACGACGAGAUCCGUGCGUUGGCUGGCCCAAUUGCCCAACGCUACUUCGACAAGGUCGAGGAGGAGCGUGCUGCUGCUCAGGCUAUUGCGGAUGCCGAAGCAGCCAAGAAGCGAGAGAUGGCUGAGGCUGCAAAGAAGGCUGCGAUGGCUCAAGAGGCUGCCACCAAGGAUGAGGAAAUGACUGACGCCGAGACGAUCAAGCCGGAUGACGUUGUUGAGCCUGAGGAGAAGAAGUAA